UUAUGUUCUUCUCAUAUAUGUUAUGAUGGUAUGAUACUAAACCCCUAACGGGAAGGAUUGUGCCUGAUGUUCAUAUGAUGAAAUCAUAAUCUUUCAGUCAGUUUAAUUGAAGUCUGGAGCUUGCAUGUCAGUUAAUUGUUUAGGGGCCAGCUGAAGGACGCUUCCGGGUGCGGGAAUUUCUCGCUACAUUGAAGACCUGUUGGUGACCUUCUGCUGUUGUUUUUUUAUUUGGUCGGGUUGUUGUCUCUUUGACACAUUCCCCUUUUCCAUUCUCAAUUUUAGUAUAAUGAUAACGCAAGACAAACGAUAGAAUAUACAAUAAUAAUAAAAUAAAACAUGAAGAAUAAUGUUGAACUAUAUCAUAACGCCACUGGAUCUUAUUCCAGAAUUGAAGUGGAGAAACACAUCAUAUUGUUGAAAACCAUUUGCAGAAUAUGCGGAACACGUGACCUACACAGACCAACUUUUGACAAAUGCGCUUUCACACCUGAAAUAAAGGAAGUAUUUGAUGUAGACAUCAAAGAAGAUCAGAAGGAAAUUCAUCCCACGGCUUUAUGUCGUUCUCAUGAAAUGUUACUUUUGAAAUACAGGAAAUUAAAAUCAGAAGGCCGCUUGAAUGAAUUUAAAACUCGGGUAAAUCCUGUAUGUUUUAAACCUCAUAAUGAUGACUGCAAAAUUUGUAAUAUCAAAAGAGGGAAAAAACGAAAAAUAAACAAUUUACAGCCGGAAGAAGACAAAAGAAAGAGGGUGAUUCUGCCUAGUAAUGAACACCGGGAAAGAGAAUCAAGUCCAGAGGGUUUGACGGAAUCAAAUACUUCUUCAGGGAACUCAUUAGAAUUUCCAAGAACAAUUAACACUAAAAAUAUGCUCGACAUAUUCAAAAAAAUGUCGAAAACCGGACGGUCAUCUUUCUUAGAACAACUUCUCCCUCUUUUAACACAAAAUGAGAUUGCGUCUUUAGCAAUAAACCUCGGAUCAAAACAAGCAAAACUUCUAAAAGCAGACGCUGAACUUAUGUCUCAAGAUUCCCUGGAAAAGACCAAAAUAAUAGAUUUCAAUCCAGAUGAAUGGCUUUCAAAGCGAAACAAUGUAUUGCUUAACUUCCUAAAAGGAAUCACACUGUUCGAUCCUAACAGAUCGACCGAACCACAGAAAAUAACGCUAUGUCGUGCUGUAGAACACGUUUAUGGUUUAAUAUCGCAGAAAUUGGUAGCACCACUUUCCUUUCUUUUGUCUCUGAAUAUAUAUGCAAGAACGAGCAGCCGGUCUGUUAUUGACUUAAUCGCAAAAUCAUCGCCCAGUGGAUGCUAUAAAACAUUACAGAAAUGGAUAUCGAAUGCAGGAAACGAAGUCCAGCCAUGUCCACAAAGACCGUUAAUGUUCGGUUUCGAUAAUGAACAAAUUAUAGGCUACAAGAGAGGUAUAAGUGCGGAAAAUCGCUCUAGGUCAUCUAUCAUAACCACUCAAGUACAUGUUAUAAUGAAAAGUUCAGCUGAUAAUUUAGAUAUCCAAUAUUUAGAUAAUCUAAAACCGAAAAAUUAUUUCUCAAUAAAUCAUUUUGAAGACAAAAUUAAGCACGCAGAACGUUUCGAUCUUCAAGAAAAGCAGCGAGUAGCUGAGGUUGAAAAAAAAGAAUUUAAAAAAAUUGUAAGCAACAUCCAAGACAACGAUUCUGAUUACUACCAAGAACUCGAAUCGAUUCACUUGGAACAUCUUCAACACUACAUUCAGACUGCCAUUGAUGCAGUUAUUACAGAUCGUAUGACAUCGCGAUCAUCAACAGACGAUUUUGAGGAUGAAAUUGACAAACAGGAUUUCCAUGAAAGUAGGAAAAAGGAUAUCCUCAUUUGCACUUUAUGUGGGAGCGAAAAUGCCAGGAAAAAAUUAAUAUGUGAAGGAUGCAAGGGAAAAAAAGGUAUAAAGGAAGCAAGAAAAAAUAGCAAUUCGCAAACAACAGCAAAGCCUAAGAAAAAAGAAAAGCCUGUGUUGACAGAAGAGCUAAAUUCUAAUUCCACAGAGAGAAAAGAAAACACAGCAAAUUAUUCAAGAUUUUCAUAUGUAUCCACCAACCAUAAAGGGCCUACUGCAGUAAGCAUGGGAAUGCCUACAUUUCAGAACCCCAAUAGCAGUGAGUCUGUCGCAAUGAUACUAAGACACAUUGGAAUGCAAGCUGGCAUUAAGCGAUACGGUAAAGAUAAUGAUAGAGACUGGACUUUCGUCUGCUGUGACGGAAGACCACAUAGUCUCUUCCAGAAGAUAUUGAAUGAAGCUGUUAUCUGUACACAUUGCAUUAAUAACAAGGCGUGUUCAGAUAAAGCCUCUUUUACAUCAAAAGAAGAGUACACGCAACACCACAAACGCCAACAUUCCGAUUUACCAAGUGCGUAUCAAAAGGAAUUCGACUGGCUUUAUCUUAGAAUAGGCGGGGGUCAUUUUGAAAUGAAUGCUGUCAAGGCCUUUUUUGAGUUGAACUGGAUACCAUAUCUUGAAAAGAUGUGCGAGCUCAUGGGAUUCAACAGCCCAAAUGCGAAGAACUUUGCUAAAACCUGUAAGGAUCAUCAUGUAGCAUGGCAACUUCUUCUUACAUUUCACACUUCUGCUAUGCGCGAAAUGGUUAUACCAUUUAUUAAGCAUAUAGAAAAAAACCAAGGAGAUUCCUCAGCAGCUAACUUUAUAUCUUUUUAUAAAACAGUAUUGUCUCAUAUUCCUAGACAUCAAUAUUUACAUUUACAAGUAUGCAGAUUUUCGCAGGCAUUGAUAAAUUUACGUAUGGGAAUGAGGCGCAAUAAUGCCAAGAUAGUCGCUAGUGCAAAAUUUCACUUAAAAGAAUUGUUCUACGGUCGACAUCACCCACAUUACCAGAGCAUUGAACUUUUUGACACCGUUCAGUACAAUACAAUGCCAAAUGUAGUGAAAACUAUUUGGGAUAACAACAUAUCUUUUACGGUGAGUGGAGACAGCUCAAAAGGACAAGAUUUGGAUUUUCUGCUAGAAGAAAAAAACAAAAAUGUGAAACAAUAUCUGCCGUCAGGAUCAAUUCCGUCCGACGAGACAUGGAAGGCAAUAUGUUGCAAUCUAAAUUUUUUUGAAAAAUUAGAAAAUUUCCAGUGGAGCUAUGUAACCCAGAUUAUCGGUGGAGAUGACACAACAAUAGAGAUGUAUCCAUGGCAGGCUAUGUUACAACAGCGAUCAGGGAAAAAUAGUUCGUGGAGGAUUACAUCUGGAGCUGUUUUCAUUUCCGAGAGAUGGCUGGUUACAGCAGCAUUUUGCUUUGAUGGACAUCUUGGAAAUCGACGGAUUGUCUACGGAUUUACUAAGCAGUCCAACACAGACAAACCGAUAGGAAAAAUUCAACGUUUUAUAAGUCAUCCACAGUUUGAUAAGAGUUUUGAUCCAAAGAAGGACAUGUUUUUACUGAAAAUGACAAAGCACUAA